CGCAUCUCUUUCAAUAAAUAGACCCUUUUACACCGAUUUAGGUUUAUAAAAGUACCAGAGGAGAGUGAAGAGCUAUGGCUGGAGUGAGGGAACAAGAUCAGUACAUGCCAAUUGCAAAUGUGUUAAGGAUCAUGCGAAAGAUCUUACCAGCGCAUGCAAAGAUCUCCGAUGAAGCUAAGGAGACCAUCCAAGAAUGUGUGUCGGAGUACAUUAGUUUCAUCACUGCUGAAGCUAAUGACCGAUGUCAGCGCGAACAACGUAAGACUGUAACUGCUGAAGAUGUUCUGUGGGCUAUGGGAAAACUUGGUUUUGAUGACUAUGCUCAGUCUCUUUCCAUUUACCUGAAUCGUUAUCGCCAAAGUGAAGGAGACCGUAUGUCUGUGAGACGUGCUCCUACUUGUGUUCCUCCAAUGGAGAUGAACCCACCUUAUCAACCUUAUCCUCCUCAUGGUUUUGGAAUGUUUGACUAUGAGCCAUCACACUCCAUAGCUUCUUCUUCAAGAUCAGGUGGAUUUGUUCCAAACAUUGAUCCUUAUCUUAAUCCAAAACCUAAUGAUGAUUUUGAUCCUUUUGCCAACCCAAAACCUGCUGAUGAUAAUAAUAAUAUGUGAAUGUGUUUCUGCAUGCAGCUGCAUUCACAAGAUCAAUGGUCCUGCUAUGAAACUACUACAUGCAGAGUGACGUCAUAAUGAUGCAAGUGUUUUAGUGUUUUGUUUUCUCUUGUACUGUGUUUUCAGUUCGAGACAGUGUCUCAUAGUCUAUGUUUAAUGUUUUUCUUUUAUGUUUAAAGAAGUUUGUGUUCACUGUAGUAUCUUACUACACUGUGUUGAACACUUUUGUAUUU